AUGGGUAUACUCAUGAUGACCGGAAUGAAAAAAACUCAACAGAUAUAUGUUGUACGGUGUUCCCGACAAGAGGAUCAAGCAAAGACACGACGUGAUGAUGCGCAAAGGCGACAAGAGGAUCAAGCAAAGACACGACGUGAUGAUGCGCCAAGGCGACAAGAGGAUCAAGCAAAGACACGACGUGAUGAUGCGCCAAGGCGACAAGAGGAUCAAGCAAAGACACGAUGUGAUGGUGCGCCAAGGCGACAAGAGGAUCAAGCAAAGACACGACGUGAUGAUGCGCCAAGGCGACAAGAGGAUCAAGCAAAGACACGACGUGAUGAUGCGCCAAGGCGACAAGAGGAUAAAGCAAAGACACGACGUGAUGAUGCGCCAAAGCGACAAGAGGAUCAAGCAAAGACACGACGUGAUGAUGCGCCAAGGCGACAAGAGGAUCAAGUAAAGACAAGACGUGAUGAUGCGCCAAGGCGACAAGAGGAUCAAGUAAAGACACGACGUGAUGAUGCGCCAAGGCGACAAGAGGAUCAAGCAAAGACACGACGUGAUGAUGCGCCGAAGUAA